CACAUGGAAGCAGGAAACCAUACCAGAGUAUCAGAAUUCUUCCUCUGGGGCCUCUCAGAUGACCCAGAACUGCAGCCCCUCCUCUUUGGCUUGUUUCUGUUCAUGUACCUAGUCACUGUGCUAGGAAACCUCAUCAUCCUGGCCAUCCUCUCUGACUCCAACCUCCACACCCCCAUGUACUUCUUCCUCUCUAACCUGUCCUCUGUUGACAUCUGUUUCAUUUCCACCACUGUCCCGAAGAUGCUGGUAAACAUCCAGGCACAGAGCAAAGACAUCUCCUACCCUGGAUGCCUCACUCAGCUGUAUUUUUUUAUGAUUUUUGCUGGAAUGGAUGGUUUCCUCCUGACCGUGAUGGCCUAUGACCGGUUUGUGGCCAUCUGCCACCCCCUGCACUACACAAUCAUUAUGAACCCACGACUCUGUGGCCUGCUGGUUCUGGUGUGUUGGCUCAUCAUUUUCUGGGUCUCCCUGAUUAAUGUCCUACUGGUGAGGCGGCUGACCUUCUGUACAGGUACGGAAAUUCCACAUUUCUUCUGUGAAAUGGUUCAGAUUCUCCAGGUAGCCUGCUCUGACACUCGUAUCAAUAAUAUCUUCUUGUAUGUGUCGACUGCCAUACUGGGUGUGUUUCCUCUGACUGGGAUCUUCUUUUCCUACUCUCUGAUCGUCUCCUCUUUAAUGAGAAUGUCCUCUGCAGCAGGAAAAUAUAAAGCAUUUUCAACCUGUGGCUCACAUCUCUCUGUGGUCUCCUUGUACUAUGGGGCAAGCUUGGGGCUCUAUCUCAGUCCUGCUGGGAUCCAUUCUUCCCAGAGAAUCCCAAUUGCCUCAGUGAUGUACACUGUGGUCACCCCCAUGCUGAACCCCUUCAUCUACAGCCUCAGGAACAAGGAUGUGAAGGGGGCCCUGAGAAGACUCCAUAGUCGUGGAGCCCUUUGUCCAUGA